AUGGACCCGGACUGUGCUAUCUGCCACGCUCCUGCCAGCCUCGCCUGCGAUUGCGAGGCGAAAGGGCUCGAGAUUGCUGUCGAGCAAGCAGAGUCCCGCAUGAUGCAAUCCGUAUAUAAUGACGUACGUUCGUGGGUUCGAGCACACGCUCAGGACUACAUACUCGAGUAUUUCCGGCUGCUCACGGAACGACGCAAGGCUGCACAUUCGCAACAUCUUGAACGAUUAACAGCCCACGCAUACCACUACUACCACGCCCCCCCGCACCCCAACGAGAUUGCCGCGGCCCAAGCGACUCUGAAGAGAGGAAUCGACGAGGAUUGGCAAUCUAGCGUUCAGCGGUAUCCAGAAGUGCUAGAAUACUUUUACAGUUUGGUGGAACUGACCCUCCCACCCGAUGACGAACCUGCAGUCAAAGACCCUCCAUUGAGUGCCUUAAGCGGAUCACGGAAGGUCAGCAGACGGGGCGGUGCGUCAACGGCUACGGUGGCAGGGGAUACCUUCCACGAGAGGGAGCGGGAACGGAACCCUCUUGCAAGAAGGACACCCCCGCCCCCCAUGGACAGGAUUGACAGGAUAGAUAGGAGGACGCCGGGACCGGUUGCGAACCCACUUGCACCGCCACCCGGUCCUCAAAGAAGGCAUAGCACCUACCGGCCGCCGACCGCACCGCCGACUGCUUACUUCCAGACCUACUGA